UGGCCAGAGCCGGAUGCUGGCGGGCUCCGUGCGGCUCGAGCCGUUUUCCUCGCUGGUGCAGCGCCAACUCGCCCCCGCCGGAGAAGGAGACCCCGCGGCUCUCUGCUCGAGAACUCCGGUGUCUCAGCCUCGGGGCUCCUCGGGAGAAAGCCAAGUGCCCCCAGGUGAAGCCGGCGUCCCAGAACGGCCCCGGAACGCCUGCCUCCAGCUUGCACCUUUUAGGAACCGCGACCGCCGAGCGUUUUCCAGCGCCUGCAACGCAGGGCGCGCGGGGAGAGUGGGGUCCACUACGUGGGAAGGGGCGACAAGGACACCGAUGAUGGACGCACAGACCUGGCGCGCGGGCUGUUGCUGUCUCCUCCUUCUGGCUCUUGCUGGGGCUACUCGGAGCGAGGGCGUGCAGAGCUGCGAAGAAGUUCGGAAACUUUUCCAGUGGCGCCUGGUGGGAGCUGUCAAGGGGCUGCCGGAUUCGCCGCGGGCAGGACCCGAUCUUCAGGUUUGCAUAUCUAAAAAACCUACAUGUUGCACCAGGAAGAUGGAGGAGAGGUACCAGAUUGCAGCUCGCCACGAUAUGCAGCAAGUGCUUCAAACGUCCAGCUCGACGCUGAAGUUUCUAAUAUCGCGAAAUGCUGCGGCGUUUCAAGAAGCCCUUGAAACUCUCAUCAGACAAGCAGAGAAUUACACCAGCAUUCUGUUCUGCAACACCUACAGGAACAUGGCCCUAGAGGCUGCAGCCUCAGUUCAGGAGUUGUUCACUGAUGUGGGGCUCUAUUUAUUUGGUGCGGAUAUUAAUCCUGAAGAGUUCAUAAACAGAUUCUUUGACAGUCUUUUCCCUCUCGUUUACAAUCACCUCAUUAAUCCUGGCAUGACAGACAGUUCCCUGGAAUACUCAGAAUGCAUCCGGACGGCCCGCCGGGAUGUUAGUCCAUUUGGUAAUAUUCCCAAAAGAGUAAUGGGGCAGAUGGGGCGAUCACUGCUGCCUAGCCGCACAUUUCUGCAGGCGCUGAAUCUGGGCAUCGAAGUCAUCAAUACCACAGACCAUCUGCACGUCUCCAAAGAGUGCAGCAGAGCCCUCCUGAGGAUGCAGUACUGCCCUCUCUGCCAGGGCCUGACUCUCAGUAAGCCUUGCAUGGGGUACUGCCUCAACGUCGUGAGAGGCUGCCUGGCACACACGGUGGAGCUGAAUCCGCACUGGCAUGCCUACAUCCGGUCCUUGGAGGAACUAUCGGACGCCAUGCACGGAACAUACGACAUUGAACAUGUGCUCCUGAACUUCCACGUGCUUGUUAACGACGCUGUGAUGCAGGCUCACCUCAAUGGACAGAAGUUAUCGGAACAGGUCAAUAAGAUUUGUGGCCGUCUAAUCAGAACACCUACACAAAGCCCCCGUUGUUCUUUUGAUGGAAGCAAAGAGAAGCAUGGGAUGAAGAUCUCUCCCAGAAAUGAUGAAGAGACACUUGCCAACAGAAGAAAAGAAUUUAUCAACAGUCUUCGACUGUACAGGACGUUCUAUGGAGGCCUGGCUGAUGAGCUUUGUGUUAAUGAAUUAGCCGCUGCUGAUGGGCUGCCGUGCUGGAAUGGGGAAGAUAUAGUAAAAAGCUAUACUCAGCGUGUGGUUGGAAAUGGAAUCAAAGCCCAAUCUGGAAAUCCCGAAGUCAAAGUCAGAGGAACUGAUCCUGUGAUAAAUCAAAUUAUUGAUAAACUGAAGCAUGUUAUUCAGUUGUUACAGGGUAGGUCACCCAAACCCGACAAGUGGGAGCUCCAGAUGGGCAGUGGUGGUGGCAUGGUUGAACAGGUCAGCGGGGACUGUGAUGAUGAAGAUGGUUGUGGUGGAUCAGGAAGUGGAGAAGUCAAGAGGACACUAAAAAUCACAGACUGGAUGCCAGAAGAGAUGAACCUCAGUGACGUAAAGCAGAUCCAUCAGACAGACCAAGGUAGUACUUUAGAUACAACGGGAGCAGGAUGUUCAGCAGCGACUGAAUCUACCACAUUUAUGCUGAUGGGUGUGGUAAUGUUACUUCCUUGGCUUUGGUAACUGAACUCUUCCACCCUGAUAAACCUGUCUUAUUGGAGUCUUGAUUUCUCCCGUCUUCACCUGACUGGAAUAAGAAAUCUUUUCGAAUGUAACAAUUAUAUUUACGAAAAAGUAUGUCACACUAACUUCUUAUAAGCCAAGUGGGAAUGUUCACAGAGUAUUUAAAAAUGAUAGACUAUUUGCAAACAUGUCUUCUAGUAUUCUAACUUAAAUCUUCUUAAAUUCUAACACAUUAAACCUACAAAUGUGAAGAGCACAGAAGCGACUUCAAAUAAGAAGGAUUUAGAAUAUCUGUAAUUUUACUAUCUUUGAUUCUAAACUCUUUAUAAAAGAAAAGUGUCUUAAAUUGAAAGUGUAUUUGCAGAACAAUGAAAACAGUACAUAGUGUUUCUUGAAAUACUGAAAUUAGAAUUCCAUUAAAUGAAUCAAAACAAAUGAUGGCAAAUAGCAUGCAUGAAUUUUUGAGAUUCUUCCAUUUUUGCAAGCUAUAUGAAGAAAUUACUUGAAGUUUGUAAGUUAUAGAGUAGAUUGUUGAGGAGCAUUUCAUGUAAUUUCAUUGAAGAAACUUGAUAAAUUUUAUCCACUGUAACUUCGCCAUUGACAAACUUUAACCUGAAUAUUUUGGUAGCAUCUGAGCUGUAUUCUAAUACAUUCAAAAUGCAUCUUUGGUAUUGUGGCUCUUUUCCCUCCCUUUGCCUAAUGGAUUUUGCCAUAUUGUAAACACACACCUGCUCUGGGAAUAUCUCUAAGAAAGCCAUUAAUUAUUUGGUAAAUAACUUGCAAAAUGAUAUAUUCAUCCAUCCUCCAAAUAUUAUUUGCUAUUUUUUUAAAUCAGUAUUAAAUAAUUGAAUAUCUAUACAUUUCUAAGGCUCCUAUUAAUAUCUAAAGACAUGUACUAAUACAGAAAAUGUAGCACACAAUGCUUAGCUCUUUUUCUAUUCGCACAUAAGGAGAGCCACUAACCCACAGUCCGAUUUCCCAGUUGUGAUAACAUGCCUCAGCAGACUCCGAUUAGGAUAUGUUUAUUGUUGUACUUAAGGAGGAAGAGAUAAGUCAGCUUUUAUUAAGAAGUAUCAUAUCCAGUUGGUAGCCAGAAAAUAUCAUUAAUACAAAGUGACGGAAUCGAAAAGAGAAACGCUGAAUUUGUAAUUUUUUUUUUAAAUGAAAAGGAUUUGAAAUGACCUCUGAAGGAAAGUCAAACAGGACUCAAGUGAUUGCAAAUAUUUGUGAAGGUGAAAUCAAUCUCCCCAAAUCAGGAAAACAGUAUAUGAUCAAAUCUUGUUCUCUCAUGGGUUCUAAAUUAACCAAAGGAUCUGACAAUGGUCCAUUGAAACUACGAUAUGUUUAAACUGCCAAAUCAGAUUUUAUUGCCUUUUAAACAGACCUCAAAACUGUAAGUGUAUUCUACCUGCCAGGUCUGGCUGUCAUUUCCCUAGGCUUCCAUUCCAGAUCUUAAUAUUUAUUCCAUGAUCUACUUGGUUUAUAACUCAUUUGCACCACCACGCUCCACAAAUUAUAAACUUCAACAUAUAUUUGUCUAGUCUUUACUCAUUAUUUAAAUAAACAGGUAAUAUGAAGUCACCCAUUUGUGACACUCCUGCCCAAGUCAUGGUUGGUUUGCUCUGGCAAAACUUCUUUCCCAAACUUAGAGGAAUUUGGAAGCAAACUGAAGGGCAUAGCUUUGCAGACUAUGAUGUUUCUGGAUUAAAUAACAUUAUAGGAGAACAUUUUAGAUGUGGCAAGAGAUGCAUAAAAGCAGAGUGGUAACAAGAGUAAUAGUAUGAAUGAAUUUUUUUAUCAACUAAAUUUUACAUCCUCAAGUGGGUGUUGUCUACCUCCAGGCAGGCACUCUAGAAACGAUAUACAUCAUAACAGUGCUACUCUAGCUUAAAACAUGAGUAGGCUUUUAGAAUUCCUUUAAGAGCCUGAGGCAUAUUUCCUAAUAUUCUCAAUGAGGAUAUUCAUUCUUUAAUACUCUACUCCAUAGCAUUGUAUGUUUGACCAGCUCUUUAUAAUUUAAAAGCUCUUUAAAAUGGAACAGAGUAUCCCAUUUGACCUUCCUCACCCUUCAAGGAUGGGCUCAAUUUUUAGCCAAAUAAAAACAGUAACACUGAGGGUUUUUUAAAAUGGCUCAGAAUUUGUUUCUGAAGCCUUCCAUAAGUCUAAAAACCUUUGAGCAAUGGUAAGAUUUUUGAAUAUGUGUCUAUUUUCUAAGACGACUUAAAGGAUAACAUUCAAGUGAAUAUGUAUUUUGAAAAUAUCACUUAAUCUUUAUAGUCAUAUCUUAUGCUUUGAUCAUUUAAACAAUGGCUUUUUGUUAAAUCUGAGUUAUUUUGACAUAAAUUUAAGUGAUCUUGGAACAGUCUAGUAUUAUGCAUGUAUGAGAGAAGAAUCAGUUAAUGAUAUGAGAUAAAAUUUAUGUGGCUCUUCCUCUGUAUAGCACCAUGAUCAGUGCUUUCAUGCACAAUUCCCUUUGGUCCUCCCAAUAACAUUAUCACCUCCAUAUACCAAUGAGAAAACUGAGGCUUACAAAUAUUAUGUAAUUUGUCUGGUGUCAUACAACUCAUCACAGUAGAAUCAGAUGGGUGAACAUAACAUCUCCAAAUAAACUGUAUAUGUUCCUGGUUCAAAGAUGGUAUAGUUCAAACAAUAGCGAAGAAUCAUGAGAUUAGCAUAAAAAUUAUUCAGAGGUAAUUUAAGGCUCCAGACUAGGAUUUAAAAAACAAAUUCAAUUGACUGUAUAAUGAUAAUUGUAUAAUUAUAAAACUGCAUAUUAGUGCAAAAGCAUAAAGGAAAGGAAAUGUAAACAUGAACCUUUUUUCAGUACUAGUCAUUGCCCUCCCACAUGUUGAAAACCCAUUCGAACACAUCAACACCCAAGAUACAUCAGCUACCAAAAAUGAGAUAGAAAAUACACAAGUUUUACAGCUAUCAUGGAAUCAUGAAAUUCCUAUUCUGUGCGACUGAAGGCUAUAAAAUAUUUCUUUAGCCAUAAGGCACAGAUGUCAUAAAAAAAUAGGAAGGCAGGAAGAAAGGAUGGCAAGGAAGAAGGAAGGAAAGAUGUAAGGAAGGCAGGGAGGGAGGAAGGCAGGAAGUGGCAGAAUAUCAUUUUUAAAGCCCUAGAUUUGCCUUUUAUCCUCUAUUCGUUCAGGAAUGUCUUAUCAAUGAAAUAAUGUCUGGAGUAUUCUCUUGUCAUUAAAGGAUAGAAGUUAAUAAACUAUUUCCUCCCAAACACUCAGAUUUCUCUGAAGUGCUCAAUGAUGAUGCUUGAAAUUAGUUUAUUGCUAAUUGUUUUCAAUCACUUAAAAUAUUGUUUCUAUCAUCAUCACCCUUCAGGUACAAUAAAAAUUGUUUCUUCUUGAGUGAAUGAAUUCAACCUAGACUUCUGUUAUUCUAUGAGAUAUUCACAGGGCAGUCUGUGAUAUCAGUAUUUCUUUAUAUUGCAAACUUUAGUAGCCUAUAUAAUUAUGUGGGUUGUAUGAAAAUUCAGAAAUAAUUCUUAAUGUUGUUAGGUAUGACUUUGGGCAUAUCAAGUUUUUCUUUAAAUGCAGAUUAUUGUAAUUUAUUAUUUCUG